CCUCUUGCCCGCGAGUCCAGGCGCUAUGGCCGAUCCCCGUGUGAGGCAGAUCAAGAUCAAGACCGGCGUGGUGAAGCGAUUAGUCAAAGAAAAAGUGAUGUAUGAAAAAGAAGCAAAACAACAAGAAGAAAAGAUUGAAAAAAUGAAAGCUGAAGAUGGUGAAAAUUAUGCCAUUAAAAAGCAGGCAGAGAUCCUGCAAGAGUCCCGGAUGAUGAUCCCAGAUUGCCAGCGCAGGUUAGAGGCAGCAUAUACUGACCUUCAGCAGAUAUUAGAAAGUGAAAAAGAC